AUGCCUCUAAACCUACUACAGCAUAAGUCAUGGCAUGUUGGUUCGGCCAAAAACCAGGAACGUGUCAGACGCGAUGAGCGAGAUGCCCAGCUCAGAGAGGAAGAGGAGGAGCGGCGGAUGCAGCUAGAGGAUGCAGAUCGCCGGUUACAAAUUCUACGCAGUCGGAUGAAUACAAAUGAAGACGGUGGUCCCGUUACAUCUAGUACCUCUAUCGCUGAUACUAGUACUGUUUCUAGAGUUGGGUUUGGUACCACCGUCGGUGGUAGUCUUACUACUAGUACUUCUGCUGCUACUGGUUCUACACUCGGUGGUAGCAGUAGCGCUGCUGUUCCAAGAGAGAGGACGAGAGGCGCGAGGACUACAUCUGACACAACGGCAAGGGAAGUACAAUUAAUAGGGGAAGAUGGACACAUCAACUUGUUCCCAAAGGGUCACGAAAAGGGAAAAAGGCCCACGGGCGACAAGAAGAAGGAGGAAGAGGAAAGGGAAUUGAAUGAGUCCGGUGUGCGACUUUCACGGCCCGCAGAACCGUGGUAUUCAAAGGGUAAACCAGGCGACAGCAACGAUUCUAAUGACAACAAUGACGACAAGAGCCUCAAAAAGAAGCGGAAAGAGGAAAGAAGGCUUGGAGAUAUGGAUCCACUAAGAGAAAUGAAGUUUGGAUUGGAGAAACUGAGAGAGGUUAGGAAGGAAACCGAGGAAGCACAGAGAGAGAGAGAUCGGGAUAUUGGCAUGAUGGGGUUUGGAUUGGAGUCUAGAUCAUGGCACACCAGCCAUGCUGGUCAUAGAGAGCGAAACUUAAGAGGGGGUAGGGAUAGAGACAAAGAGAGGGACAGGGAAAGAGGUAAAGAGAGGGACAGGGACAGGGGUAAAGAAAGGGACAGAGAGAAAGAUAGAGAGAGACAUAAGGAAAGACACCGACAUAAGGAGAAAUAUAGAGAGAGGAACAACAAUAGGGAGAAAGACGGGGAGCGAGAUAGGGAUGGAGACAGAGGGGCAAUUGAGAAACUACGAGAAGAGAAGAGGAAAAGGGAAGAACAGGAGAGGAGAAAGGCCCAGGCUCUGUUGCUUGGAGACAGACAGACCCAACGGCGAUAA